GCAAAAUAUUGGAAUAUCGCUCAGGCGUGUGCUUCGAUUAAGCGCAAUAGAUUAAGAGUAAUGGAUUACUUUAAAAGUUAUGAAAAUUUGGAGGUCCAUAGGCUAAUGUUAGCAGACAAGAGUCGCAUGGAUGCUUAUCAGUCAUUUAUUAAUGAAAAUGCAGCCCUGUUUAGCGGGAAAAUUGUAAUGGAUGUAGGAUCCGGCCUAGGAAUACUAUCUCUAUUUUGCGCUAAGGCUGGAGCAAAGAAAGUCUAUGCUGUUGAGGGAUCCGAGAUGGCAAAAAUGUGUGAAACAAUUAUAAAAGACAACAACUUUUCUGAUACUAUUCAAGUAAUUCAUAAAGCUGUUGAAGAUAUUCAAGUAUCAGAUAUUGAAAAAGUGGAUAUCAUUGUAUCUGAAUGGAUGGGAUUUUAUCUUCUUCACGAGUCUAUGCUCCAUUCCGUCUUAUUUGCUAGGGAUACAUUCUUAAAAGACGAUGGAUUGAUUGUCCCAAGAAUAGCAAAUAUAUACUUGAGUCCAGUAGAAUUAAGAGAUUUCAAGUCUAAAUUUGACUUUUGGAACAAUGUUUAUGGUUUUGAUUUCUCAUCGGCUGGUGAGGCAGAAAGAAAUACAACGUUCGGUCAAGCUCAAAUAGAAAACAUAAAAGCACAAGAUUUGCUUGCUGAGGAGCAACUUGUUUUAAGUAUAGACCUUAAAGCUGCAACAGAAGAAGAUUUAGAAUCUAUCAUAGGAACAUUUAAGUUUACAUUUAAAAAAUAUGGAGUUAUUCACGGCUUUGCACUUUGGUUUGACUGUAUAUUCACUGAUGGAGAAAACGAGGAAACUGAAGUAACAUUAGAUACAAGUCCUAACUCCGAAAGUACUCAUUGGAAACAAACAAUAAUACCAGUACCUGAAGCAUUUCUUGUCGAAGAAAAUGGUGAAGUAAACUGUAAAUUGUAUCUGAAGAGAGAUGGUAGAUCAUAUCGUAUCGAACUAGAGCAUGAUUUAGAUAGCUAAUUCAGGAAAUUUGAUAAUAAUAAAUAUUAAUUAAUAAAAAAAUUUGAUUACUAUAAAA